AUGGCAGUACGCAGUCAAGAGGUUUGUUUUAGGCAUCGCCCUGGUCUUGGUCAGUGUCUGUCGGCAUUUGCGUCUUGUUUCCCGGUAGCGUUCCUGGAACCCGAAUAUAACAAAAACAACAAAUACUCCGUAUUGGCCAAAACGCAGGAUCAGUCCGUUCAAGUGCAAGAAAUGCUGCAGAAUCUCUCCACACACAUCCCUCACAUCGAAAAAUUGCUCACUGCUAUCGAACAGGUAUCCAGUAAUGGUAUUAUGUACAGUGAACAACCGAAUGUCUAUGAUGUGGAUUUACCGCUGAUGUGCUCGUAUGGGAUAUUGGUCAACCUUAGGCCCGGGAUUGGCCGUAAAGACUGA